GCCUUUUAAGCUUCGGAGAAAAGCUCAGCACUGGUCCCAGGAAAGGUGCCUAGAAGCCCACAGAGGAGGACCCCUGUGGCUGCCUCAAGAGGAGGAGAGGGGUGGGAACAGGUCAGCUAGGGCUGAUGGGCGCACCUGGUAUUGACAGAUGGAGCCCGGAUGUGGAAGCCCUUCGGUGCUGCCCCACUGGCCCCCGCCUAGGCGGCAGCCGGCCCUGUGGCCAACCCUGGCUGCUCUGGCCCUGCUGAGCAGCGUCGCCGAGGCCUCCCUGGGCCCUGCGCCCCGCAGUCCCGCCCCGCGCCUCGGCCCCGCUCCGGCCCCGGCGCCCCCCACUGGCCACCUGCCCGGGGGCCGCGCGGCCCGCACGUGCGGCGGAAGAGCCCGGCGGCCGUCGCCCCAGCCGCCCCGGCCCGCGCCCCUGCCGCCCGCGCCCUCACCGGCGCUGGCCCGCGGGGGCCGCGCGGCGCGAGCCGGGGGCCGGGACGGCCGCGCGAGCCGGGGGGGCCGCGCGCGGACUGCGGGGGCGCGGGGCUGCCGCCUGCGCUCGCAGCUGGUGCCCGUGCGCGCGCUCGGCCUGGGCCACAGCUCCGACGAGCUGGUGCGUUUCCGCUUCUGCAGCGGCUCCUGCCGCCGCGCGCGCUCCCCGCACGACCUCAGCCUGGCCAGCCUGUUGGGCGCUGGGGCCCUACGGCCGCCUCCGGGCUCGCGGCCUGUCAGCCAGCCGUGCUGCCGCCCCACGCGCUACGAGGCGGUCUCCUUCAUGGACGUCAACAGCACCUGGAGAACCGUGGAUCGCCUGUCGGCCACUGCCUGCGGCUGCCUGGGCUGAAGCCUCGCUCACUGGGUUGGCUGACUGCACCCUUACCCGCGGCUUCUGGCGCCCGGGGCCCUCUCGCCGGAGAGUCCGGGGUGAUGGGGUGGGGGUGGGGAGUGGCUGGAGCCUCAGCCCGAAACCGAGGCCUCUGCCGGGUGAAUGAUGGCCAUGAGCCCCCGAGAGAUGGAGGGACGACGGGCCUGGGGCCCCAGGGUACUCGCCCUGCCAGUCCCAGCCCUGCUGAUACCAGACACCUCAGCUGCGGAGACCUUAGGACCCGCUUCGCACAGACUCUGGCACUGACUCGGCCGCGGCCCCCUGGCCUCAGCCCAGGCCCUGGGGGCGCAGAAUCGGAGGAGACACACGGCAAUCACAUUGCCCACGAGGGCCUGGACUCACUCGUGGGAGCUGGACCCCUAUUUAUUAUUCCUAAGUUAUUUAUUUACUUC